GAAAAAGAGAAACAUAACCGUUUAUUAUUGGUCCUGUCAUCCUGUGUUGUUUUGUCGUUUUGCAAAGUUUGUCGAUUGUGAAGGUGAGUGAGCUGUAGAAGGAAGGAAGCACACACUGUUCACUCUAACUUUGACAGUGGCAAUAAUAAUAAUAAAGCAGAAGAAACAACACACAACACAAUUGGUGUGUGUUUUGUUUUUGAGCGAGUCUGAGAGAGAGAAAGAGAGGAUGUCUCAUAAUAAUGCAACACAAGGGUAGUACCACCACGUUCACCACCACACACACUGUUACUGUUAUUGGUAACAAACUUCUGAUCCUUCCUUCCUUCCUUCCUUCAACAAUGAAAUAAAUUGAAAACCAAUGAAUGAAUGCUCACAAUUCUUGUUCACAUUGCAUACCUUCUUCACGCUCUCUCUGUUGUUUCUUUAUCUGGUUUGGUUUUUUGGUUAGCUUUGUGCUGAGGGCUAAAAAUAACAGGAGUUUUAACCAAAGAUAGAUUACAGUGACGACUGGUUUGCGAGUUUCUGAGGUCUUACUAUGGAGUGGAAUGCUAAAUCUCUUGGGCAAUGGGACUGGGAGAACUUAUACUCAUUCAAUACAAAACCAACUGAAAAUUCCAAGUUGCAACCAACGGAUUGGAGCAUGGAAGCAGAUGGAGAAAUCAAUGUUGGGCUGAUAUAUCCGUCCGGUGGUAGUGCUUGUUCCGGUUCUGAACUGAUUCAUGCUUCAUCUAGGAGCUCAAAAUCAGCUUCCAUGAAUUCAUCAUCAAAUGGGGAUAGCAAAGCAUCCACAACCAUGUUCACUUUCGAGCGUUCUCAAGACGACUCAACUGGUAAGAAAGAAUUGUCAAAGGAAGAGCCAGUUGAAAAUUCUCCAGCACCAGAGCCCUCUUCUGCCUCUGGUGAACCACUGCUCACUUUAAAGCUUGGUAAACGGUUGUACUUUGAGGAUGUUUGUGCAGGAAGUGAUUCCAAGAAACCAUCUUCCAUUGAUGUUCCUAUUUCAUCUUCGAAUACUGGAAAGAAAUGUAAGGCCAAUAGUCAGAACCUACAACACCCAAGCUGCCAGGUUGAAGGCUGUGGUCUAGACCUCUCAUCCGCUAAAGAUUACCAUCGCAAACACAGGGUUUGCGAAAGCCAUUCCAAAUCCCCUAGGGUGCUUAUAGCUGGUUUUGAACGCCGAUUUUGCCAGCAAUGCAGCAGGUUCCACGGUCUAUCAGAGUUUGAUGACAAAAAGAGAAGCUGUAGACGGCGUCUUUCAGAUCACAAUGCAAGGCGUCGCAAACCUCAGCCUGAAGCAGUCCAAUUAAAUACAUCUCCUCUGUCUUCAUCACCCUAUGAUGCGAGGCAAUUAAUGAAUCCAUUCGUUUAUUCAAGAGCUGCUACGAAUAUAGGUUGGCAAGAUAUUCAAAACAGCAGGCUACCCCAGACAAAAGAUUUCCUGAUGAGGCCUGCGAAAGCCUUCGACAAGAUACCAAGUAUUGUCACUAUGCUUUCUGAUGAUUUUAGUGACCUUGCAUCCAAAGGCAUGGCAACCAGUGGGAAAGAAGAUCCUAUUAGCUCGUCCGAUCCCAACCCCACACAAGAUGUCAGCCGUGCUCUCUCUCUUCUGUCAACCAAUUCAUGGUCUACAUAUGCUAUGACUCCACGUUUCCCUCUCGCUUCAUCACAAUAUUCUCACCUCGAUCAACAACCAGCCAAUCCUAACAUGUGUAUCCCAUUCUCAGAUUGUGAUAAUAACAAUCGCUUCCAAGAGUUUCAGAUGUUUAGUGCUCCACCCUAUGAUUCUGGCUAUCCUUGCAACCAGCUGGACUAAACAUUGUGUGAACGCAAUCAUCCCAAUGGUGUUAUCACAACGAGGAAUUUCCAGCUUCGUCGCGGCCUCAUUACUUAAAAUGGUUUGUAGGAUCUAAUCAUCUUUUGCUCUAUUAGAAUGUUAGCUUCCCUACUUAGAAAGGAGUUGGAAAAUUAUAGAACUUGUUUGUAUGCUGUGUGUGUGACUCUGUUUUCUGAAUAGUGGGACAUGUUUUCUAGACAAUUUGAUAACACGUUACACUCUUUUACCUUA